GUAUCCUACCUAUUACUUACUGACUUACUGACUGACUUACUUACUUACUUACUUACCUACAUACUUACACCUACAUGAUAAUUCGUAGGCUCGUAGCAUCGCUGCCGUCAAAUCAAACAAUAGCUUGCGUUACAUUAGCGGACGUGCCGUUCAAGUCUAAAGGAGCUUGGUAUCACCCACAGUGCUGACGCCGAGCACCAAAAUUGUCCACCACCACCUUGCACCUUGUAAAAGCCCGGCCUUCCUUGUACGAGCGCAAAUCUGCUGGCCUAUCGUUUUCUUGCGCAGCAAUAAUUUAUGCGAUAGACCUGAGUGGGCUUACGUGUAAAAUCUUUUGAGGGACAUUACUCUUCUUUAGUCUUCAGUCUUCAACUAACAAACUCCCUUCUCUCACAAUCGCCUUCGCAAAGUCCAUGAACAAAAGACUGAAAGAACGAUAAUCCAUCUUAGCGCCACCGCCGCGAUGGUGCUCAAAAAGAAAGAAGUCUACACCGUUGUAACGCCAAUCCCUACCUUCAUACCCCGCCAACUGGCAAUCGACAUUCUCCACAGCCACGGUGAAGUCAUCACCCUCAAUCCCCUCGUGCUCGAAUACAAGCAGAUCAAGGCACCUCGCGAUGCAGCUUCCGACGAGUAUUUCUCGACCUGGUAUGAGAUUAACGAGCGAAUUCAGUACAUCCCCGGCAUGGGACGGUUAGGGUCGGGGAAAAUCACUUUCAAUGGCUGCUUUCAUGACCUGCCCUGGGGUCUGCAAACGCACAUUUACGCGCCGAUGGGCGUCGACCUCCGAAACAAGUAUCGCAUCGGAGGCAACCAACCGGGAAUAGAGGCUCCCGAACCCCAAGAAAUGGGAUUGGCCGCGCUAGGCGCACCUGCGGACGGGCUCUACCUAAGGGAGGACAUCGAGAUCAAGUGUAACAUCACCAUAGUGAACAUGGUGAAAGCGCAGAUGAAGACAGCGAGCAAAGAGAUGGUACAGAGGAUCAUCAAGAAGGCGGAACUGCUAGACGCCGGCAUACUGCAGGCGAUGAUCGAGGACGGCAAGAUGAAGACGUACAACCCGAACGACAGGACAUACACAGGCGGUCUGAACGCAGGGAUGAAAUCGCCACCAAUGUCGCCAGCCACGCCCUUCCACCCUCCCAUGUCGCCCUCAACGCCAUACCAGGUGCCGCGGCCGAUCUCGGUGCAGCAAGGGAGCAGGCCCGGAACCGCCAGCUCGCUCAGCUACCCGGCGCACUGGCAGGCCCAAUUCCAACAGCUCAACGGCGGCUACGACCAGACCAAGAUGCACCAGCAAUAUGCCGAGUUGCCGGCCAGCCAAAGCGCGGUCCCCACUAAUCCAUCCCAGGGCAUGAUCAUGGAACUCCCCGGAGACUUCCACCACCCGCAAUCAUCGCCGCAUCUACAGCCGCCUCACCCGUCCCCCACGUACCCACACCAAGGCCGGAACUCCCCCGCCUCGCUGCAGUCGCACUCCCCGGAACCGCACAAAUCGUGGAGCUGGUCGCAGAGCCAGCCUAGCCCGUCGCUUGUGGGGUCCCGCCCGACGUCGUACUCGUCCGACGCGAGUAGUGCGGGCUUCGCGUCCCCGGGCCUGGACCAUAAGGGCUUUGCGGCGGAGCUGCCGACGCAUCAGGAGACGACGGAGGAGUACCAUCAGCAGAAUCAGGGGGGCGGGAGGGGCGGCGCGUAUAGAUCGGAUUCUCAUGCGGGCAGGGGGUAUGCUUAUAAUCCGGCGGAUUAUGCGCAGGUGAGGAGGGGAUGAGAAGAUGGGAAUGGGCGUAGGGGUAGGGGUUGGGAGAGAGGGAAAAUGGAUGGGUGAAUGGGAUAUGGAUAGACGGAUUGGGGGCUUCUCUUGGGUAAUGCCUACUACGACUUAACCUUGGAUCGGCGUGUGAUAUCACGGACGGGAUUUGCUUCUGUCGAGACGACAUUUUGGGAUGCCAUUUAUCGUCUUGUUUUUUUGUUCGACUUGGAUCGGUCGUUGGGCGUUGCGUUGCGUUGUAUGUACGAGGGAACCCUUGGAGCGCGAUGAUUUUUUUUUGAUUGUUGCCGGUUGGUUACGCGACGAAAAUGUGAUCUUGUGUAUUGUCACAUCCAUACCUACCUAGUACCAUACCCAGAAUCCAGUACUUUUGUUUGCA